GGGCCCGUGCAGCGCUGCCUCUGCGGCCCGCAGCGGCCCCGCGAGCGGCGUCUCCCGAGCCAGGACUCGGCGCAGGAGUUGUCUCCGUUAUCCGGACUCCCUGAACAUGUCACAAUUGUCGAAGUUGGUCCUAGGGACGGCCUGCAGAAUGAAAAGAUCAUAGUUCCUACAGAUAUAAAAAUCGAGUUCAUCAAUCAGCUCUCCCAGAGUGGCUUGCCCGUCAUAGAAGUGACCAGCUUCGUGUCUUCAAGAUGGGUGCCGCAGAUGGCGGACCACACUGAAGUCAUGGAAGGCAUCUGUCAGUACCCGGGCGUGCGGUACCCCAUCCUCACUCCGAAUCUCCAGGGCUUUCACCGGGCUGUUGCCGCGGGGGCCGCCGAGGUCUCGGUGUUGGGCGCCGCCUCGGAGACCUUCAGCCAGCGCAACGUCAACUGCUCCGUGGAGGAGAGCCUGGGCAGGUGCGCGGAGGUGGUGCGGGCCGCGGGCCAGCUCGGCGUCCCCGUGCGAGGGUACGUGUCCUGCGCCCUGGGCUGCCCUUACGAGGGAAGCAUCGAGCCGCGGAAAGUGACCGAGGUGUCGAAGAGGCUGUACGCCAUGGGCUGCUACCAGAUCUCCCUGGGGGACACGACGGGCGUGGGGACCCCGGGCAGCAUGAGGAGGGUGCUGGAGAGCGUGACGAAGGAGGUCCCGCCGGGCGCGCUGGCCGUCCACUGCCACGACACCUACGGGCAGGCCCUGGCCAACGUCCUCACCGCCCUGCAGAUGGGGGUGAGCGCGGUGGACUCGGCCGUGGCCGGGCUGGGCGGCUGCCCCUACGCCCCGGGCGCCUCCGGCAACGUGGCCACCGAGGACCUGCUCUACAUGCUGGACGGCCUGGGGCUGCACACCGGCGUGAACCUCAACAAGGUGAUGGAAGCUGGCGACUUUAUCUGCAAAGCUUUGAAUAAAACCACAAACUCUAAAGUAGCACGAGCCUCCUUCAAACCCUGACUUGAACGGAUUUAUGAGUAGGACGGAGAAGAUCCAUUUCAGCUCCGUAGAUAAUGUCAGAAGCCAGUGAAGACCAACAGCUUCUGGAAAGUACAGUUGUAGGCAAGACAGGAAAGGAACGAUAUCUUGCCAAGGAUUAUAACAAAGUAGACUGUGAAGUCAGUGGAAAGCCUGCCAGUUUCAGGUGAACUGCAAGCUCUUCUGCUCUCUCAGAAAUAACCUCUUAAUGUAGGAUAUGUGAAAGUUGAACUCUGAUUUCCCUAAGUGUCAGAUGCUGCGUUAAUACUUACUCCAGCUCCCCGGCACCGUGCACGCAGGGGCCGUGGUUUAUGAGUUCGGGCCCGGCGUGCACUGUGGCCGGUAUUCUUCAGGAGGUCCCUGGAUCUCCGCUCUCCAUUUGCCAAGUCAGUUAAACCAUGGACCAAGAUCCACGCUGACCCUGCAUGACUUUAGCCGCAGAGCUUUUACGCUUCAAGUCAGCUCAAUCUGUUAACGAUUGCAAUGGCUUUACCUUGUCCCAAGGGGCUGUGGUCCAUGGCAGGAGCCGUGUCCUGGGGGCACAUGGCCCCGCCCCGCUCGCCGGGAGGCUGGGGGUACCAUACAACACCUGUCCUCAGCUGCCGCAGAAA